AUGAAUAGCUCCUCAGAUACAGGAUUUAAUCCAGCAUUUAAUAUUGCAACUAUAAGACAAGUAUUCAAUGAAGCUGUUGAAAAAGUUCGUAUGCCAACUCCCAUGCGACUCAGGGAUUUAAUAAGGCAAAUUAGAGCAGCAAGAACAGCAGCUGAAGAAAGAGCUGUUAUCAAUAAAGAAUGUGCAGAUAUUAGAACAUCUUUUCGAGAUGAAGAUAAUGUCUGGAGAUGUCGAAACAUUGCUAAAUUGUUAUAUAUUCAUAUGCUUGGAUAUCCAGCACAUUUUGGACAGUUGGAAUGUCUAAAGCUAAUAGCUUCACCAAGAUUUACCGAUAAACGAAUAGGUUACUUGGGUGCUAUGUUGUUAUUGGAUGAACGACAAGAUGUGCAUCUCCUUAUCACAAACUGCUUAAAAAAUGACCUAAAUAGUUGCACUCAGUUUGUUGUGGGUUUGGCAUUAUGUACCCUUGGUGCUAUUGCAUCACCAGAAAUGGCUAGGGAUCUUGCCACCGAAGUAGAACGCUUAAUGAAAUCACCUAAUACAUAUAUUCGAAAAAAAGCGGCUUUGUGUGCAUAUAGAAUUGUGCUCAAAGUCCCUGAACUAAUGGAAAUAUUUUUGCCAGCCACUAGAUCAAUGCUUUCAGAAAAAAAUCAUGGCGUACUUAUAACCGGUGUAACAUUAAUAACUGAAAUGUGUGAACGAAGUAUUGAUACCUUACAGCACUUUAAAAAGGUUGUGCCAAACUUAGUAAGAAUCUUAAAAAACCUAAUACUCGCUGGGUAUUCACCUGAACAUGAUGUUUCUGGAGUGAGUGAUCCUUUCUUACAAGUAAAAAUACUGAGAUUGCUUAAAAUACUUGGUAAAAAAGAUCCAGAGGCUUCUGAAACUAUGAAUGAUGUCCUUGCACAAGUAGCCACAACAACUGAAACAAAUAAAAAUGUUGGUAACACAAUUUUAUAUGAGACUGUGUUAUCAAUUAUGGAUAUUAAGUCUGAAUCCGGGCUCAGGGUGCUAGCCAUUAAUAUUUUGGGUAGAUUUUUGUUGAACACAGAUAAAAAUAUCAGAUAUGUUGCUUUGAACACACUUCUAAAAACUAUUCAUUUAGACAUGACUGCAGUUCAAAGACACAGAACUACUAUAAUUGAGUGUCUUAGGCAAGACCCAGACGUAUCUAUAAGAAGACGAGCUCUAGAGUUAAGCAUAGCUUUAAUUAAUUCUCAUAAUGUAUUGACUAUGACUAAAGAGUUACUUGCAUUUUUGGAAACAUCUGAACCUGAAUUCAAAGCUCAGUGCUCUUCUAGCAUUGUGUUAGCAGCUGAAAAAUUUGCACCCAAUACUCGAUGGCAUUUAGAUACUUUAAUAAAAGUUCUUGUUGCAGCUGGUAAUUACGUAAGAGAUGAUGUCGUAUCUAGUACAAUACAAUUAGUUUCUGAAUCUGGUGCUCAACAUGGCGGUUAUAUGGCUUCAAAACUAUGGGUAGAAUUGGAAAAAGACACAAGUGAUAAGCAACCAUUGAUACAAGUGUCAACAUGGACAAUUGGAGAAUUUGGGGACAUGUUAUUACAACAAUCUGAUGAACAUGCUGUAACUGUCAACGAAGAAGACAUAUUAAGAGUAUACCAUAAAUUAAUGUGGAGUCCUCAAAAUAAUAUUAUCACAAAACAGUAUACAUUAAAUUCACUUAUGAAAUUAAGCACCCGUAUCAAAGUUAAUGUAGAUAAAAUCCAUGAAAUGGUAGCAUCAUUUACAACACAUAUGCAUACUGAUUUGCAACAACGUGGAAUUGAAUACAAUCAGCUGUUCAACAGAUAUGACCCAAUGCGGGAAGGUCUAUUAGAAAGAAUGCCUGCUAUGGAGUCAAAUAGAACUCAACAAUCACAAUGGAAUGAAACUAUUGAAAAUAUUCCAUCACCAAAUGAUUUACUUGUCACUGAUGUGACAAAUACUGAGACUACUAGUGAUUCUAAUGCAUUGUUAGUAUUACUAGAGGGUUCAAAUGGGGAUACAGAAUUGAUUUCAAAUCAAAACCCUUCAAUAAUGCCAACCAUGACUACUGAUACUCAAGAUUUGUUGGAUCUCUUAGGUGGUUUAGAUUUAAAUAACCAACCAAUGCAACCAUUGAACAAUCUUCCAUCUGAAAUUAGUUCAACUAAUGGAUUAAUUGAUACUACAAAUCAUAUAUUUGACACAUUGAGUCUAGCAGAAGCGCCAAUUGUUAGUACUACCAAAGUUAAAAGCCCAGGAACUGUGACUGCGUAUGACCAAAACAAUUUAUUAAUAACAUUAUUAGUUGAAAGGGAUCAGAUGAACAUAGAUUCAAACACGGUGAAUAUGACUGCUUACAAUAGUGGUACAUUUACCAUCAAUGAAUUUCUUUUUCAAGCAGCUGUCCCUAAAACUUUCCAAUUACAAAUGUUACCUCCAUCAUCAAAUGUAAUUGAACCGGGUUCAUCUUUGACACAAUUAAUGCGAGUAUCAAAUGUAUCAAAAAGCCAGCUAAGAAUGAGAAUUCGGUUAUCAUAUACUGCCAAUGGUGUAUCAAUUCAAGACCAAACCGAAGUGAAUAAUUUUCCUACCCCACCAGAUACAUUUGGAACAUCAACAUUAGAUCUUUGGUCCGAAAACCAAUGA